GCUUUCAGAGCGUGGGCACCGGCAAGUCUGUAAGUUGUGGCCGGGUCUCAGGGACGGAAGGUCGGGAAGCAUUUUCUUAAACCCGAGACCGAGGAAACAGAACCCAGCAGGGAGACAGGAGGCAGCGGAGUCGAGCUUCGGCAGCCUCGUACCUCAGCGGCGGGUGUCUCCUGCCGCUCAGCUGUUUUGGCGGCUUGAGCGGGCUGGUGGACGUUGCAAUUCCCUAUUGGAUUCCACAGCUGUCAAUCGAAAGUAGGAAGGUCAAUACGUGAUUGGUUCCUCGCUUGGUAUGUGGGCGGGGUUAGAUGGUCGCAAGGAAGAGGAAGGGUAUAAGGAACGUGAAAAAUUAGUUCCCCUCCUGCCUGACGACUAGCUCCAUUGAGAAGAAGUGAACUAUCUGAUGCUUUGUGGUGUAUCAUAACCAACUCCUCUCCCAGUUUAUAGAAUAUCACUGGUCCUGUGUCUGGAGUGAAAACCAUUUAACACAGAAUGGCUUGGAUUCAGGAGGCAGAGCUGAACUUUGUGGAGAGGUUGUGUGCAUCCAUUUUAAAGAUUGGUCCCAUGCCUAAACACGUGGCCUUCAUCAUGGAUGGGAAUAGACGUUAUGCACAGAAAUGUCGAGUAGAGAGAGAACAGGGCCACUCCCAGGGUUUUGAGAAACUGGCUGAGACUCUUCGGUGGUGUUUGAACCUGAAUAUACGAGAGGUGACUGUUUACGCUUUCAGUAUUGAGAAUUUCAAGCGCUCCAAAGAGGAAGUGGAUGGGCUAAUGGAACUUGCACGACAGAAAUUCACAAGACUCCUUGAGGAACAGGAGAAUUUGAAGAAAUAUGGUGUUCAUAUCAGAGUCCUAGGAAACCUGACCUUGUUGCCUGUUGAUAUUCAGGAGCUGAUUGCACAGGCAGUGCUGGCAACACAGAGUUAUAACAAAUGUUUCCUGAAUGUGUGCUUUGCGUACACCUCUCGGCACGAGGUCACCAGUGCAGUCCGUGAAAUGGCGUUGGGAGUUGAGGAAGGGUUACUGAGGCCCAGUGACCUCUCUGAAGCUCUGCUGGGCAAGUGUCUGUACUCCAGCAGUUCCCCAGACCCAGACCUACUGAUCCGGACAUCUGGAGAGGUUCGUCUCAGUGACUUCCUGUUGUGGCAGACUUCUCAUUCGUGUUUGGUGUUCCAACCUGUGUUGUGGCCAGAAUAUUCUUUCUGGAAUCUAUGUCAGGCCAUCCUGCAGUAUCAAGUCAACUAUCCUGCCCUUCAGAAAGCAAAAAUGUUGCGGGAUGCAGCAUAUCAGCAGCAGCAGUUGGAUGUAGAUCGCACCUGUGUACUGGAGCAGACACAGCCUUGCACAGUAGGGGAGAUGGGAGGCACAGAGUGCAAACAGGAACUAAUCCUAAAGUACACCAGAGAGCGGGAGGAAAGAGUCUCCAACUUUCUACUGGAGCUAGAGAACAAAAGGAAAAAAUUCCUCACGGACCUUGUGCAGGGCUCUUCACCAUUUCUACGUGUUUAGGCCUUACUAGCUCCACAGAUAAGACAACAGAAUGAAUAUCCAUUAUGUGAGUGAAAGCCUCCAUCAUGUAUCUGUGGUGGUACUGAUGUUGUUGGUCCAGAUAGCUCCACUAUCCAUUAAGCACAGAGUUAUGAAUUCAGGAUCUCCUCCCUCUCCAUUCCUGUCUGGUAGGUUUCUCACUCUGACUUAUGGGUGAGUGAAAUGUGGCUGCCUCCACAAAGAAAAAAAUUAUGUCUUGGUACCUCUCAAUGGAAAUACAAACUGCAUAUAUUUAAAUCCUGCAGCUACAUUAUGUUGUUAAAUUAUGAUGCUCUACUGAUAUGGAGGUUGCAUAAAUUGUUAAUUUUCUAGUGUUUGGUGAAAUGGAAACAGUGUAGGAGCCAGAGUCUUCUCUGAAAGCCUGGUGCUAAAGAUAAAAUGUUAUGGUGCUCUUGCCCUAUAAGUGGCACUCUGACUCCCUCCCAGACAGCAAUACUUUAACUAUGUUACAAACAAGGUCUGACCCAUGCUGGCAAUCUGCCAUUGGCAAUGUAGCCCAUCAGUUGUUAGCAAUGUAAACUACAUUCCCAGCAGCGGUGAUCUGUCCUAUAUCCUUCCCUCACAAAUGAUUUGGAACAAUCUGGCAAUAGCGCUGUUACCAACCUCUCUUCCCCCAAUAGUGAAACUUGCCCCCCUGGCACCACCAUCACCAAGCAGGUAGUGCUGGUAAUCCAGUAGUAGUUUGAGCCACCAAGCAGCUGUUGUGCUCCCCCCUUCUCCCAUGCAGCAGUCUUGUGAUGUCCUGUGAUCACAAUUGCUGAUUGAUGUUCAUGUGCGGAUGAUAGCAAGUUCUGUAGUCCACACAUUGGAACUAGAACUUGAGUUGGAAUCAGUGGCAUUCACGUGUCAUCCAAAACCUAAACAGGGAGUAACCUUGUGGUUCCCAUUUGAUUGAUCUUUUUCAGAUGCAAACAUGAGCGAGUUUGAAAGAGCAUCUCUGAGAAAUGUGAGGGAAAAACAUUUCUAGAUUCCCUUACGUGGCUGUGAAUUUUUAUGAGAAGUGUUUCUCCUUUUCAGUGAAUCAGUAUCAUUAUAUGGUCUGCUCCCAGCAUUGUCUAUUCCAGCCACAAAGAGGACUUUGCCCUCAGUUUCUGCUUAUUCUGUCAAUUCUGAGAUUAAAAACCACACCAGAAUAAUAUUAAAUUCUGUUGUGUUUUAAGUAUUUACAUUUUCACCAGAGUUUAAAUUUAUUAGUGAGGGCUGGACAAUUGAGUGUAGAUCCUUAACUUGAUUUCUCAGGAGUAGGGGGAAAAGAUAAGUCCAGGCCCUGCUGCAAUCCCAAAACUGCCUCAAAGAACAUAAAUGGAAACAAGAGUACAGGAGUAGGACAUACAGCCCAUUAUGGCUGCCCCACCAUUAAAAAAAGACAAGGGUUGAUCUUUUACCUCAGUACCAUUUUCCUGUACUAUGGCCAGAUCCAUAAAUACCUAAAACUCUUUAAAUCUGUGUCUUGAAUAUUCUCAAUGACUGAGCCUUCACAGCCACUUGUAUAGAGAAUUCCAAAGAUGCACUGUUCUCUGGGUGAAGAUAUUGCUUCUCAUCUUGGCCCUGAAUACCCCAGCUGGGAGAAACAUUUCACUGCAUCUACUCUGUUGAUCACUAUAAGAACUUUGUUCAUUUCAAUGAGAUCAUGUUGCACUCUUCUAAACAUAAGUUUAGCUUAAUUUGCUUAAACUUUCCUCCAUUGACAGACCUGCCAUCCAAGGAAUCAAUCUGGUGAAUCUUUACAGCUAACCCUAACUUGGAUAGGAAGAAAAGUGAUGUACACAAUAUGUAAGACGUGGUCUCACCAAGAUCCUAUGUUAUUGGCGCAAGGCAGUACCAGUCUUGUAGUCAAAUUUUCAAGCAGCAAAGAUCAAAAUACCAUUUGCUUUCCAAGUCGCUUGUUGUACCUCCAUGUUAAAUUUUAGUGACUCAUGUAAAAGGACAAUCUAGGUCUCUCGGAUCUCCAAUAUCUUUCAAUCUCUUCCUAAAGAUGUGAUUUCACUGGAGAGGGUAUGGAGGAGAUUCACCAGGACAUUGCCUGGGAUGGAACAUUUCUGUUAUGAGGAGAAUUGGUUAAGCUGUUUUUUUCCCCUUGGAGCAGACAAGACUGAGGGAGGACCUGAUGGAGAGAUGCAAAAUUAUGAGAGGCAUGGAUAGGAUAGAUAAUAUGAAAUUAUUCCCCAUGGUAGAGACGUUUAAGACCAGAGGUCAUAGGUUUAAGGUGAGGAGUAAGGGGUUUAGAGGAGAUCUGAGGAAGAAUUCUUUCACCCAGAUGUGGUUGAUGUCUGAAGCGCACUGCCUGAGGUGGUGGAGACAGAUACUCCCACAACAUUUAAGAAUCACCUGGACGAGCACUUCAGUUGCCAAGCCACAGCAGGCUAUGAACCAACUGCUGGUAUAUGGGAUUAGUAUAGAUAGGUACCUGAUGUUUGGCAUACACGGUGGGCCAAAGGGCCUAUUUCUAUGCUGUAUAACUUACAAUUUAGAAAAAAAAAAUUGCUAUUUUUUUCUACUGAAGUGAAUGAUUUUGCAUUUUUCUGUAUAAUAUUACAUCUGGCAUGUCUUUGGCCAUUCACUUACUCCAUCUGUAUCUACCUGAACCUCUCUGCAUUCUUGUCACAACCCACAUAGAUUCCCUUCAUCCUAAUUAUAGAUUGUCAACAGCUGGGGGCCAGCAACAAUCCUUCUGGUGCCCCACUAGUCACAGCCUCCAAACCUGGAAAUAUUCCAGUUGGUGCAGGAGCACUACACAAGGUUGAACUAUUUGUACUGUAUGUCUGCCAUAGGUGCCAGUUCAGUUCACCAUGUGAUGCUGGGAAGCAACAGGUUCACUGAACAUAUUAAAAGCUACGGGCUCUGAUGACAUCUCACUUUCAAUGCUGACUAUAACCUGCUGGCCAAUUCUCUAUUGGGGUUGCCAGAAUUGGGAGGGGUCUGCCAGAACUCCUCCUAUUCAACUGUUAUAACAACCUAAAUUCAGACAUGGUCACAAGAUGUGAAUUCUUAAGAUAAGGAAAGAGUACAUGCCUAGGUUAAUAGCAAGAAUGUUACAGGAACAGGAGUAGGCUACUCUGGCACUGACAUAUCAUGGCUGAUCUGAUAGGAACAUAUCAGAUUCUACCAGCAGUAUUCUUCUAACAGCUUGCUUAUCAAGUAUCUACCUAGUUCUGUCUUAAAAAUUUUCAAAGGUUCUGGAACUUUAUUCCACAGAGGGUGGUGGGAUCAAAGACUCACAACCUUAAGAAAAAAAAUGCCUGAUCUGUCUUAAAUGGAAAACCCUUUGGUCUUUAUACAGUUCUAGAUUCCCCCACAAGAGGAAACAUCCUCACUGCAUCCACUCUGUCAAGACCUAUCAGGAUCAUGUGUUUCAGUCAAAUCCCCUCUCACUAUUUUUAACUCCAGUAGAUAUGAGCCCAGCCUGCCUGACCUUUCCUGAUAAGACAAUGUACCCAUUCCAGGUUUAAGUCUGGUAAACCUGUGAACUGCUUCCAAAGCAUUAACAUCCUUCUCUAAAAAGAAGAUCAAUAGUCCACACAGUACUCCUCUUGUAGUCUAUGAUGCUGGUGGAAAGCAUGUGGUCAAUGUUUCGGGUCAGGACCCUGAGUCCUGAAGAAGGGUCCUGACCUGAAACAUUGACUGCCUGCUUUUCUCCAUGGAUGCUGCCUGGCCUGCUGAAUUCCUCCAGCAUCUUCGUGUUUUUCAUCUAGAUUCCAGCAUCUGCAGUCCUUUGUUUCUCCUGCUGUAGUCUCAAUAGUUUGCUAUAUAACUGAAACAUCUCUCUACUUUUGCAUUCCAUUCCUCUUGAAGUAAAGGUAAUUGAACUCGUAUCCUCGUAUCUUGACUCCAUCACGUUCCCCCUUUGUUCAGUCCCUUCCCACCUACAUCCGUGACACCUUGCAUGCUAUCCACCACUUCAGCAACUUUCAGUUCCCUAGCUCUGACUGCCUCAUUUUCACCAUGGAUGACGAGUACCUGUACACUUUUAUCCCCCAUCAGGAAGGCCUCAGGGCUCUCUGUUUCUUUGUGGAUAACAGACCCGACCAGUUCCCCUUCACCACCGCCCUCCUCCGUCUGACAGAACUGGUGCUUACCCUCUACAACUUCACUUUCGGCUCCCCCCACUUUCUCCAGACCCAAGAUGUAGCCACGGGCCCUCACAUGGGCCCCAGUUAUGCCUGCCUUUUCAUUGGCUACGUGGAGCAACCCAUGUUCCAAACCUACACCGGCAAUGCUCCCCAACUCUUCCUCCGCUACAUUGACAACUGCAUUGGUGCCGCUUCCUGCACCCAUGUGGAGCUCGUCAAUUUCAUCAACUUCACGAUCAACUUCCACCCUCCUACCCUCACAAAUUCACUUGGUCCAUCUCCGACACCUCUCUCCCUUUUCAUGAUCUCUUUCUCCAUCUCGGGAGACAGAUUAUCCACUGGCAUCUUCUACAAAUCCACUGACUCCCACGGUUACCUCGACUACACCUCUUCCCACCCUGUUGCCUGCAAGGAUGCCAUUCCCUUCUCUCAAUUCCUCCACCCCUGCCCUCAUGAUGAGGCCUUCCACUCCAGGACACCCGAAAUGUCCUCCUCUUUCAGAAAACAGG